UCCCACCCUAAAUGCACACUCACCUUACUACACUCUUUACACUCCGCCUUAAUAGUCCUUGUUUCCUAGCGCCUUUAACCGCUCGUGACUUGUAUAGGCACUAACUCGCAACGGUGUUACUCGAUACAUGCGCAAGACGCCUAACGCGUCCUAUGUUAGUGCUAAGGUCCAAGAAGCAGUCUCGGGUGCUUUGUAGAUGUCUUCCUUCAAGUGUGGUAAGCAUACGGCGUUGAUAACAAAGAUUUCGAGCUAAGGGAGGGCUGCCAGACCCUCGACUCAAACGACUUACAGUUUGCUUACCCACUGGCUCCAAAAAGUCGAGCUUUGAAAGGUUUCUCCAGGACAGUAACUCCCGUUCAUAGCUCUCUAAACGGACUAUUUGCACCAAAAAUCGUUGACUGAUCUCUUUUUAGAUCCGGUGAGGGGAGUUUGUAGCUUUUGUAGGCGCGCCAGGGUGCAUGAUUGCUUUGCUGGAACGUUUCCACGACCCAACAAGCGGUAAUAUCGUCAUCGAUUCACAACCUCUACAGAUGAUGAAUCCAUUAGGAUACCGCACAAAGGUUUCGCUCGUUCAGCAGGAGCCAUCCUUGUUCUCCGGAUCAGUGCGCGACAACAUUAUGCAAGGCACUGACGAUCUCGAAGUAUCGGAUUCGGAGAUUGAACAGACCUGUCGAGCGGCAAAUGCUUGGGAUCUCAACUCCUCGCUACCCGAAGGAUUGAAUACGCAUUGUGGUGCUGGCGGUAGUCAGUUUUCGGGUGGUCAGCGGUCACGUAUUGCGAUCGCCAAGGCUCUUAUCCGCCAGCCAUAUGUGGUUCUACUGUACAUACAGCUGGAUGAGGCUACCAGUGCGUUGGAUACUGAGUCCGAGCGCAUAGUGCAAGCAACAUUGAUGGAAGCAGCCAGCGGCAAAUGUAUCACUUUCGCGGUUGCGCACCGUCUGUCUACUGUACGCCAGGCCGACCGUAUCUUUGUAUUCUUCGGCGGUCGGAUUGUCGAAGCCAGUACACAGGAAGAAAUUAUUCAGCUGAACGGCACGUACACGAAAAUGCUCAGACUCUCGACGGUGAUACUGUAAUUCAGGAGUCCUUCCUCAAGCCAUAGUCCGCCGUGCGCCAGUACCGCAAUCGCAGCUUGCCUCCCUGGUUCACUACUAAACAGACCGUAGAUCUUCUUGUAACCCUUCAACUCUGUGACCUUGCCCUGUUUCAGCUUCUCGAACGACUCGUAAGCUACGUCGAACUUAACUCCUUUGAUCCUCGCUGCAAGAGC